AUGUCUUUCGAUAAAGAAAUAAUAGUCGAACAAUUUAAAGAUAAACCAUGGACAGACAAAAAUACCUUUGGAAGAAAUGUGACGAAAGACUUAUCGAAAAGUUUAUUUAUAAUGUGCGGUCCCGUUCCUGCAAGAGAUGUGGGAAUUCCAACGGGUUACGUUCCUGUAAGAAUCAGUGUAUUUAUGGAGUAUGAGUUGAAAAAUGAGAUAACGGACAAGGCUAUUUGGAUGAUUGAGGAGAAACGGUUUGAUUUAACAUUAAAUAAAGUAGAUGGUAUUGGUAUGAAAGUCGCAAGCAACAAAGAGAUUGUAUUCAUUGAAAUUUCAGGAGGUCCCGAGAAUGCCAUUUUAAAACAUGUAAGAGAGGACACCGAGGGCGGUAUCUCUACUCAGAGAUUACCUAGAUAA